UGGAUCAUUAAGGACAGCACUGUAUAAUUACCUUUUUGCUAAGAAGAUGAAUGGGGAUUUUAUUUUACGUAUUGAAGAUACGGACAAAGUAGUUUAUUUUUUGGUUAAAAUAGAGCCUAAGGAUUUAAUAUUUGAAAAGGCGCGAAUUGUUAAAAAUUCAGAGGAAAAUAUAUAUAAGAUGCUUAAAUGUGUUGGAAUUGAUUGGGACGAAGGGCCUAUUGUUGGAGGAAAACAUUAUCCGUAUAAACAGUCGCAAAGGAUAAAUAUAUAUUUAAAAUAUGCUAAUUUACUUCUUGAGGUAUUUUUUAUGUAAAUUUAAUUAUUAUAUGAAAUAAGUAGUCAGGCAAAGCAUAUAGAUGUUUUUGUUCAGUAGAUCGUCUUGAAAAAUUAAAAAAAAUGUCUAAAAUUCAAGGGCUUUCAGGAACGUAUGAUAGAAAUUGUAUGUCGAUUCAUAUAGAAGAAUCGAAUGAAAGAGCGUUAAAAGGGAAUAAAUUUGUAUUUCGUUUUAAAGUUCCUGAAAAAUACCCAGUAGUUCAUGAUAUUGUUUAUGGAGAUAUUGAUUUUUCUGGUCCGAUUAAUAUACAAAAAAAAGUAUAUGAUGAUCCAAUAAUUAUAAAGUCAGAUACAUUUCCUACAUAUCAUUUUGCUAGUGUAGUUGAUGACUAUCUUAUGAAUAUAACACAUGUAAUUAGAGGAGAGGAGUGGUUAUCAUCAACAUCAAAACAUCUUGCCAUUUAUCAAGCUUUUGGAUGGACACCGCCUAGAUUUGCUCAUGUAUCACUGUUAGUAAAUCCAGAUGGUUCAAAAAUAAGCAAAAGAUGUAAAGAUACCCAUAUUCAACAUUAUAUUGAUGAAGGAUAUUCUUCAGACGCUUUAUUAAAUUAUGUUGCUCUUAUUGGAUGGUCGCCAAAAACAUCGAAUGAUGUAUUCACUAUGCAAGAGUUGAUUGAUAGGUUUUCACUUGACAAUCUUACUAAAGGAACUGCAAUAGUUAUGCCAGAAAAGCUUAAUUUUCUUAAUAAAGAACAUUUUCUUCUCUCUACUGAUAAUGAAGAUGGAAUUAAAAAAAUUAUCAAAAAAAUCAAGCCUAAAAUUCUAUCAUUAUAUAAAAAAAAGAUUUUAGAAGAUAAUAAUAUGGAGCGUCUUGAAGACGAAUAUAUUUAUAAAGUUAUUGUAGCACUUAGAAAAAAAGUACAAAAUAUAAAUCAAUUGAUUGAGUCGAGUAAUUAUUUUUUUGUCGAGCCACACUAUAAUGAACAUAUUCUUAAUGAAUUUAAAUUAACAUCAAAAGAUUUAGAAUUAACUUUAAAAAUAAUUCAAGAAUUAAACAAGAUUAAUCUAUGGAAUCCUGAUGAGAUUAUUUCUACUGUUACAGAAAUUGCAACUGCUGAAAAUAUUAAAAUAAAAAAAAUAAAGAUGAUAUUACGAUUUUGUUGUACUGCUACAAUUGUUGGUGCAGAUAUCAUUCAAAUUUUGUAUAUAUUAGGUAAAAAAUCUAUAAUAUCAAGAAUCAACAAAGCUAUGGAAUGGAAUAAAAGCAUCUAUCACGAAUAAUAUAUUAUUUUCUACAAAAAAUGUUAAUGAAUUAUAUAUUUUGAAU